AUGGCAAAAGUUUACAGCAAUGCUGGCGCGGUCAUAAUAAUGGUAGGCGGCGUUGGAGCCGCUCAGAGUAUCAACAGCACUUCGUCUUGGAUGAACAGAGCCUGGACACUUCAAGAGGCCACUCUCUGUGAUGAAACGUAUGUUUUGGUGAGAGCUACGCCCGGAUCGAUCACGUCUGACACGGGCCACAUCUACCUGAAAAUCCUGCAUGGCGAUAUCGCCAUCGCACGAUUGAGCGAGCUGGUUCAACAGGGCAAUGUGCAUACCAUGAGGGAGAAAGAUCUAAUUGCAGGCCAUCAGGUUCCUGUCACUUGCCUUGGAGCCGUGCCCGAAGCCAUAGCGGUGCUAGCAACCGCGAUGCGCCUCUAUGAUGAGGGGUCUGAUUCAAGCCCAAGCACAUUUCGGAUUGAAUCCAGCAGCGAGGAUUCUGAUGACGAAAUUGCUGCAUUGCCAGGUAGCAGGGACGAAAACACAGACGAAAACCAGAGGUUCGCCCCCGAAUUCGACACUCAAGAUGGAACAGAGGAGGAGGACGACGACUGGCAGCCCGGCGGCCCUUCAAAUCGCAGGAUUUCAGAUGAAUAUUGGAAUGACACCUCGUCCAGUGAUAGAGAGAGUCAGCCGAACAUAAAAUCUCCCAGACAACUCGAGAACGACGACAUAGGCACAGAGGAAAGGAGCUCCCCAGACAUCCAGAAUGCUGCGGCCUGGCGUAGCAUGUAUCUUCGGACGUCUACGAAGCUAUAG